AUGCCCGCAAACCAACGAAAGCACACAAGUCAAUCACCAUACUUGCAGACUCAUAGAAAUACUACAAAUCCAUUGUCGAAGGAUGCUGGAAAGUUCGUAACUGUACUCAAGAAAUUUAGUACGAGCAAUUCAUCCGAGACUUCUCUCGCCAUGGCACAAACUGCAACGAAUUCAAAUGGUCAACUACCAACCCCUCCCGCAAAUGCCAAUGGCGCACCUCCUACAGUAAAUCGCAAAAAACAGAAACGAAGGGCGAAACAAGCAGCUAGAGCUGCUGCUGAACAAGCACAAGGUCCUCAGAUCGGUGGACCAUCUUCUGGCGACGUUAAGAGACAAAUGCAAGAAUUGGAAGCACGCUUUCGCGAAACGGGGCUAGAUGAGCAAUACGAAGACGACGAACAAUUCGACCCUGCGGAUGAUAAUGCGUAUUACAGCGACGAGGAAGGCGAUGCAUAUUCCGGCUCUUAUGGUCAUGAUGGUUCCUCAACAAAUGGCUAUGCGAUGCCUUCAACGAACUCCUCCGGGAAGAAACAGAAGAAGAAAAAGAAAUCGAAGUCUUCGCAGUCGGAUCAUAUCAAUCACGCACACCACGGUCCAAAUGGUUCAUCACAUAAUCACAUAUCGUUACCACUUCCUCCUUUACAGUCCCCUCCGAGCAUGCAGCGAGGGCCGGGCAUUUCGAAGGAGAAAAUCUGGAAUACAUCAUCACAAGAAGAACGUGAGAGGAUAAAGGAAUUUUGGUUAUCUCUUGGGGAGGAUGAGCGCAAAUCAUUAGUCAAGGUAGAAAAGGAUGCCGUACUCAAGAAAAUGAAAGAGCAGCAAAAGCAUUCUUGUAGUUGCACAGUGUGUGGUCGCAAGCGCACUGCUAUCGAAGAGGAACUAGAAGUACUUUACGAUGCUUACUAUGAAGAGCUUGAGCAAUAUGCCAAUCAUCAAGGAGGUGACGGUGUUCCACCAAUGAUGCCACCGCCACGUCGAUUUGGCGCCAUGAGCGGCUUACAGCCACCUAAUCGUUUACCUCCAGUUUUUAAUGGGCAACAACCCUCAAGGGGUAGGAUAGUAGAGCAACUUGGCGACGACGAAGAUGAAGAGGGCGAUGAGGAGUACAGUGAAGAUGAUGCGGACGAAGACGAAUAUAGUGAUGAAGAACCGGAAGAAAUUCCCAGGAGUCACGCCACGGAUUUCUUUAAUUUUGGCAAUAGUCUCACAGUACAGGGAGGAAUUCUUACCGUCGCGGAUGAUCUACUCAAAAAUGAUGGGAAGAAAUUCAUCGAAAUGAUGGAGCAACUAGCCGAGCGUCGCAUGGCCCGAGAAGAAGAUGCGAAAGAACAAUAUGCUAACGCGAAUUACGGUCACCCUCCAAACGGAUCCAUGCAUCCCCAUUCCCACGGACACGUUCAUAAUCAUCCACCACCGCCAGAGGAAGAUGACUAUGACGACGAAGAGGAUGACGAAGACGAGUAUGAUAGCCAGGAAGAGGAUUACGAUGAAGAGGAGAUGGAUACCAUGACCGAGGAACAGCGAAUGGAGGAAGGAAGACGAAUGUUCCAGAUAUUUGCUGCUCGGAUGUUCGAGCAAAGAGUUUUAACAGCCUACAAAGAAAAAGUUGCGAAAGAACGGCAGCAGAAGCUUCUCGAGGAACUUGAGGAAGAAAGUCGGGCAGAUUCUCAAAAGAAAGCUAAGAGAGCUAAAGAUGCGCAGAAGAAGAAAGAAAAGCUGCUUGAGAAGAAGCGGGCUCUUGCCGAAGAAAAGGCUCGGAAGGAUGCUGAAAAAUCGGCCGAAGAAGCUUUACUUCGAGAAAUCGAGGAAAAGAAAGCAGAGGAGCAAAGGCUAAAACGAGAGGAGAAUCGGAAAAAGAAAGAGACACAGAAGAAAGCCGACGAUGAAGAGCGCGUGCGCAAAGAAGCUGAAAAGCAACGCCGACUUCAAGAACAAAGAGAACGACAAGUCGAGCAAGAACGAAAGCAACGUGAAGCUAAAGAGCGAGAGAAAAAGGAGAAAGAGGAGCUGAGGCGCCAAGCACUGGAAGCGAAGGAGCUCAGGGACAAGGAGGCUAAAGAACGAAAGGAGAAGCACGAGAGAGAAAAGCGAGAAAAGGAAGCGAAAGUCAAGGCCGACAAGGAAGCUAGAGAGCUGCAGAAACGCGAAGAAGUUUUCGCUCAACAGGCCGCUGUUCAGGCUGCUCAAUCUGCCGCGCAAGCUUCAAGACGACCAAAUCAAGUACCUACGCCUAACAUGAGCCAUGCCUUGGCUUCACCUCAUACUUCAGUUGCAAUUCCCGCGGUUCCUAAAGCACCGACUCCCAUCAAGCUUCGGGCAAAUUCUCAGCAAGACCAUCACACAUCUAUACCUAGAACCCCUUCUAGUAAAUACCAGAGUAUAUCGCCAAAUUCCGUAACUCCUCUACCAAAUAGUCCUGGCCCAAUAGGUCCGCCUGGCAGAACACCAACACAAUACCCUCUCUUACAAUAUCCACAAGCUACUUCUCCAAUGCAUUCUGCAUUAAAAGGGCCCCCAGGUAUUCCCCUGAGUCCAUUUGCGGGUAUGCAACCCAUGCCUCUAGGGUUUCAGCCAAAUUUGCCAAUGGCACCCCCAGGGUUCGGCCGAUCGCAUCAUGAUCUAAUGUUCCCACAUCAACAGUCAAUGGGUGGCCAGUUCCGUCCUUUGCCGAUUUCCAACGGCGUGCCCCCAUUUCAACCUGGAUUCAAUAUGCAUCACAUGCCACAAGGUAGAGGCUUCCCUAUGCAUGGACCACCAGGAUUUUCACAACCGUCUCCAAACGGUAUGGGUAGUAUUGGCCAGCUUUUUGGCGCCUCGAAAGAAACGCCACCCUCGCAAGCUCACUCUCGAAACCAGUCUGGCUCCUUUGAUGGACUAUCAUCGACGACCCAAGCUCAGCCUAUCGCGAGACCCGCACCAAUUGGAAGGCCAUCUAGUAUUGUUCAGGGCGCUCGUCAUGGUGACAAGCAUAGUAGUGGCGAGUCUGAUGAAUCAAACAAACACCUCGGUAGCAGCGCUUUACUAGAUGCUACUUCUGAUGAACCUCCCAAUGUCGGUGUUGGUGCACGGCGCUCGAGUGCAGCUCCUGGCAAUCUCACUAGGCAGAAUUUCCUACCACCACCGUUUAGUAUGGACCGCUCGGACCCGGCAGGUAUGAUGAGCUCUUUUGGCACAUGGGGCGCACCACCAAACUCUUUUGGCUCCUCUUCUCUACCUGGAUCUAAUGGUUUUGGCGGAGGAUGGAAUACCAAUCUCAAUACGAACAACUCUUUCGGAGUGCCGCCUUACUUUCGCCCAUCUCAGCCGCGUUCUAUAGCUGUGAGAUUGAUGAUCUGUAUGGCUUGCCAAAACCUUCAAAGUUCGACUCAGGAUGGAUGGUUAAAGAUUGAUGCUAUCAUGAACGAGGUUGCUCUUCUCAAUCCUAGGGAAGAGCCAGUCUCUGAAAAGGAACUGCUCGAAAUUUGUGAUACUGAAGGGAAUCAAAUGAAUGGUGAUGGCACUUUCGAGAUCCGUCUAGAUGCUAAUGGCAAACCCCAAGUCCAUUAUAUCAGUGACUCAAUACCUCAUAAUUUUCGUUCUGUCGGCGCUCCAGGCGAAAUCGGAAGCCCUAUUAGUGGAGGAGUAAACCCAGGACCUCCUGGUCGGGCUCCUAUUGGUGGUUUUUAA